AUGCGUUUCUGUCCCUGUGAGCCCUCAGGCUGGUCCCUGCAGCCUGCCCUGCCCGGCGACUUCCACAAGACGCUGGAUGUUUGCAGGGGGCUGGAUGGUGUGAGCAGAAGAGCUGUGGGGCUCUCUGAGAGCCCCAGAGCUACCGGUAAGACAGCAUCAUGCUGGCCUCCGAAGAAAGGCCUGCUGUGCACCAAUCACAUCCACCUGCAGCACAUCUCCUUGGGCUACAUCUCUCCCGGCACCACGGAGCUCCAAAGAACCUCUGACUCCAUGAGUCAGGGGGAGCAGAAAUGCUGCAGGCGCUGUCAGGAGAACUGUGAGCCAGUGGAUGCCAAUUCCCACAAUCCCUCCUUGAAAUGCCAGUGCUGCGAGUCUCACGCUGAGCUGCCUGUGACGCUGGCUCUCCAGAACCAGGCAGCUCAAGAAGAUUUCUCCUGCCUGCGUGCUGGGGAGGAUGUGGCUUCCCCUUGCAAUCUGGCUUCCACCUCCUCCUCUGUCGUGUUGUUCGGAUUUCAGCUGGAUGACUCCCCGGUCUCCGUGUACCUCGCAGGGGGUUCUCAGGAGAAGGGGUCCCAAUCCCCUGAAAAUCAGCCCAAUGUCAUUCCAUAGAAGAUGUGGGGGACGGACCUGCUGCUGGCGGACCAGGCCAGGACGUGGAUGGAACAGAUGGCAACCUCAACCCCAGCAGUGCUCCAGAGAGCAGACAUCCCGGCUGGAGAGAGCCCAGACAGCCUCUGCAGCAGCAGCUCGCUCAACUCCAGUACGAUGAAACCCUCUCUCAGCACGGUGACACAGGAGACCACAAGCACCUGCGCUGACCUAGACCCCAACUGCAACCCCCUUCCUGACCCAGUCGCCGCACCUCCAGCGUUGGCUGCGCCAGGCCAGCAGGAUCACAGUCCGAGCAGUGCUCCUGAGCCCCGGACCUGGGUUAAGAGCAUCCCCCCUCCCAUACCUCCCCGUCCCCGGAGACAGCUGCAGAUUCUCAACGGGCACAGAGCAGAGCAGCCGGUGCUGCCAGUGAGGCCAGCUGAGCCAGAGCCUGCCUUGGGUGACCUUGGCAGAGAUGGGGGCAAGAAGAACAUCACCUCCUUCCACGAGCUUGCCCAGAAGAGGAAGAGGAACACCAUUGGGACCACGCUCGCCCAGGCCAGUGACCGAAGUGACUGGCUGAUUAUUUUCUCACCGGACACCGAGCUGCCCCCCCACAGCGAGCUCCUCUCCAGCACCGCAGGCCAGGAGCCGCCCCAGCCCCAGCUCCAGCAGGAGUGGCGGGCGAGACCUCCCGGUUCGAGGCAGAGAGAGGUGACCACUUUCAAGGAGCUCCGGUACCGCAGUGCCUCCAACAAGCCCAAGGGCCAGAGACAGCGAGCGGUGGAGCCGGUGGCAUCUCAGCACCCGUCUGCACUCCUCAAAAUGCCUGCAGGCAGUUGUGGCUUGAGCUGGAUGCCACCUGUGCCGUCAGGCGGACAGUUGCUGGCGUCUACAGAAAGCCACCAGACAAAGAGGAGGGAUCUCGACGGACUGCAGCCCAUCGCAGAGGGACAGCUGGGGGAUGCUGAGGAAGGCAAGCUGCUGCCACAGAUCUGCAUGCCAGAAGAGAAGGGGCCAGGCUCUGGCUGCAACGGAGAUGCGCUGAUUUGGAGGCUUGGGGGGCGUGGAGACCCCUUGGUGCCAGGGGAGGUUGAGCGAGGAGAUGAGACCUGCAAGGAGGCCAGGCCCUCGCCGCCCGGCGGAGCCACGGGCGCGGCGCAGCCCCGCGGGGGGAGCUCGGAGAGAAGCCGCGGGGCCCUGGCGGAGCAGAAGAAAGCCCUGUUGAUCGCUGUCAGCACCGCCGUGGAUAAGAUUAUCGCCCACUUCAGCACCGCGCGGAACCUGGUGCAGAAGGCGCAGCUGGGAGACAGUUGGCUCAGCCCAGAUGUGGGCUACCUGCUGCUGCACACGCUCUGCCCCGCGCUCUAUGGCUUGGUGGAGGAUGGGCUGAAACCAUUCCAGAAGGAUGUUAUCACAGGCCAGAGGAGGAAUUCCCCCUGGAGCUUGGUGGAAGCCUCCGUGAAGACAGGGCCCAAUACCCGCUCUCUCCAAAACCUCUGCUGGCAUGUGGCUGGACUGGCCCCUCUCAACAGCACCAGACAGAAGUUUCAUGCCUUUAUCCUUGGCCUUUUGAAUACUAAGCAGCUGGAGCUGUGGAUCUCUCACCUGCAGAAUAGCCCAGGUGUAAUAUCCGUGCUAUAUUUUCCCACCUUCUUUGCCCUGAGCCAAGGCCCUCUUCCCCACCUCGCUGAUGAACUGCUGCUGCUCAUCCAGCCCCUCUCGUGCUGACGUUCCACCCUCGACCUGCUCUUUGAACACCAUCACCUCUCCGUGGAUGUAAGACCUUUGUCCCGUCAGCUGGAGUCGCCCCCAGCUCCUGCCCAUCACUCUGCUCAGGCUCGGGGGAUUGCGCAGCCUCCUCUGGAGGGCCAAAGCAGCACCGCAGGGGCCAGCCUGGAAGAUGAGAUGCCCCCUGAUGCUCUGGGGAGGGCAGCUGGUGCGGAGGAAACCCCAAGGUCCCAGUCCCAAGCAGCUGUGUGCAGCCUGGUCCCCAGCCCCCAGGUGGGGGCUGCCCUGCAGCAGACCUUCCAGCACAUGCUGCGGUGGGGCGACCAGCUCAGUCGUGCUUUCCUGGGAACUGACAGCUCCCCAGAGACCGGUGGGCCCGAGGCAGGCCCUUGGGAUGCAGAGGCUGGCCCUGGUGGCUGGUGGGCCCAGCUGAGCCAGGCCUCCAGGAUUUAUGCUGCUCCUAGCAAGGAAAGGUUCCCCUUCGUCUGGUGGACAAAGACGGCUGCGGGGGAUUCCAGCCCUGGCCAGGUGGCGCGACCCCAAACACCUGCAAGCGAGCCUCGAGGCACGGAGUUGCAGUUCCUUCAGACCAAAGCUAUCCCUGAACUCUCCAGUCCCAACCCCAGCAGCAGUGCUGACACCUCUGGGACCUCUUCCCCUGAAGACCUCAUCCCGCCCUCUGGAGCAGGCGCACUCACCGAUCCAGCUGUUCCCACUGCUGGAGAGAAAACCCGGGCUGCUCCUCCAGAGCCUCGUGCAGAUAGGAACCAGGCAGCCCCUUCCAGCCCACCGGCCAGCAGUGCUCCUCGCCCCGACAAGGGCACCUGGCUGGGCCGGCUCUUUGGAGCCAGCAGCCCCUCUGACCGGAGUUCCCCGUGCAGUCCCAACACCGUCUCAGCUAGGUCCAGGAGACCCUCUAGCUGGCUGUCCCCCAGCGCGCACGUCCUUGCCGUGAUGGUGAAGGGGCUGGCGGCCGAGAAGAUCCAUGCCCAAGAGCAGCCGGAGAGGAACACACCCAACUUGCCCCAGCCCCACAGGGAAGUUCGGGCGCUGUGUGACCACACAGGUGCUGCCGAUGGGCACCUGAGCUUCCAGAAAGGAGACAUCCUGCAGCUGCUCGCCACUGUGGAUGAAGACUGGAUCUGCUGCUGCCAUGGAAACAGCACUGGCCUCGUUCCUGUGGGCUACACAUCCCUGAUCUUGUGAGGAGGAAGAGGAGGAGCCCUGAGGAAGCAGCUGAGUUUGCAGAAGCAGGUGCCAGCCUCCGGGAAGGACUGUCUCCCUGCCACAUCUUCACCACCGUCGGGGCUGGCAGUUCUGCAGGGGGCCCCUGCUCUGGUGCCAGCCCCUGCUGCUUGCUAGCACGAUGCUACCUUCUGCCAGGGCUGCGUCCUGCGAGCCGUCGCUGCGCGUGUUGCCACGGAGUUGCUGCCAAUUCACCGCAGGCCCCCCGUGGGACCUGCUCUCGCUCAUGUCGUCUCAGCUGCUGCCCGUGCCUGUGUGAAGGGAGGAAAGGCCCUGUCCCCGUGCAUUACUCACAGUCCUGUAUGCUGUCUCUGUGCUGUCAUGUCCUGUCACUGCCACGUCCACCACCUGCCUUGCUUUGCCCCAUGGCUGGGGCAUGCAGCCCGGGCCAGCCCCAGCCACCCGUGUGCUGUUCCAACACUGUAAAUAGUUGUAACCAUGGGAAGAAGCGUAUUCCGGGGAAAGAGCUGGAAAUAAAGGUUGUGACUUACGUG